UGCCUACGCGCUGCUGGGCCGUGGGAAGAUGGCGGACGGAAAGGGAGACGCCGCCGCCGCCGCCGCCGGGGCCGGGGCUGAGGCUCCAGGGGUAGCGGGAGCCGGAGAAGGAGCCGAAACAGAGUCCAUGGCUCGGGGUCAUCGCCCUGCAUCUCCGGCGCCGGGAGCCCCGGGCCUGCGACCGUGUUUGUGGCAGCUGGAGACAGAGCUGAGGGAGCAGGAGGUGUCUGAGGUCUCAUCUUUGAACUACUGCCGGAGCUUCUGCCAGACUUUAUUGCAAUAUGCAAGCAACAAGAAUGCAUCAGAACAUAUUGUGUAUCUUCUGGAGGUAUAUCGACUUGCCAUCCAAAGUUUUGCCAGUGCACGUCCAUUUUUGACUACUGAAUGUGAAGAUGUCCUCUUAGUGCUUGGCAGAUUAGUACUGAGUUGUUUUGAAUUACUGCUUUCAGUGUCUGAAAGUGAACUGCCUUGUGAAGUCUGGGUACCAUUCCUUCAGUCUCUACAGGAGUCACAUAAUACAUUGUUGGAAUUUGGAAAUAAUAACCUACAAAUAUUGGUUCAUGUUACCCAAGAAGGGGUGUGGAAAAACCCAAUUCUUCUUAAAAUUCUGUCUCAACAGCCAGUAGAAACAGAAGAAGUCAAUAAAUUGAUUGCACAAGAAGGACCUUCCUUUCUACAAAUGAGAAUAAAACAUUUGUUGAAAUCUAACUGCAUCCCCCAGGCUACUGCUUUAUCAAAACUAUGUGCAGAAUCUAAAGAGAUUUCACAUGUGUCAUCUUUUCAGCAAGCUUAUAUCACAUGUUUAUGUUCCAUGCUCCCUAAUGAAGAUGCUAUUAAGGAGAUUGCAAAAGUCGACUGCAAGGAAGUACUAGACAUCAUAUGUAAUCUGGAAUCUGAGGGUCAAGAUAACACAGCAUUUGUUCUUUGUACCACUUAUCUUACCCAGCAGCUCCAAACUGCAAGUGUGUAUUGUUCUUGGGAGCUGACUCUCUUCUGGAGUAAACUGCAAAGAAGAAUUGACCCUUCUUUAGAUACUUUUUUGGAGCGCUGUCGCCAAUUUGGUGUCAUAGCUAAAACACAGCAGCAUUUGUUUUGCUUGAUUAGAGUUAUACAGACUGAAGCACAAGAUGCUGGUCUUGGGGUGUCAAUUUUAUUAUGUGUCAGAGCUCUUCAACUCAGGUCAAGUGAGGAUGAGGAGAUGAAGGCAUCAGUUUGUAAAACAAUUUCCUGUCUUUUACCAGAGGAUUUAGAAGUUAGACGAGCCUGCCAGCUUACAGAAUUCUUAAUUGAACCCAGUUUGGAUGGAUUUAAUAUGUUGGAAGAACUAUAUUUGCAACCAGAUCAAAAAUUUGAUGAAGAAAAUGCACCCGUUCCAAAUUCUCUUCGAUGUGAGUUAUUAUUAGCUUUAAAAGCCCACUGGCCUUUUGAUCCUGAAUUUUGGGACUGGAAAACUUUAAAACGACACUGCCACCAACUCCUAGGACAAGAAGCCUCAGAUUCUGAUGAUGAUUUAAGUGGCUAUGAAAUGUCAAUUAAUGACACAGAUGUUUUAGAGUCAUUUCUCAGUGACUAUGAUGAAGGUAAAGAAGAUAAACAAUUUAGAAGAAGAGAUUUGACAGAUCAGCAUAAGGAGAAAAGAGACAAAAAACCCAUUGGUUCUUCUGAAAGAUACCAGAGGUGGCUUCAGUAUAAGUUUUUCUGUUUGUUAUGUAAGCGGGAAUGUAUAGAGGCUCGGAUUCUUCAUCAUUCUAAAAUGCAUAUGGAAGAUGGAAUUUACACCUGUCCAGUUUGUAUUAGAAAGUUCAAGAGAAAAGAAAUAUUUGUUCCUCAUGUAAUGGAACAUGUUAAAAUGCCACCAAGCAGAAGGGAACGCUCUAGAAAGAAAUUACUUUUAAAAGGCUCUCAAAAGAGUAUUUGUCCCAAGAGCCCCUCUGCAACCCUGGAGCAAAAUCAGUCAUUGAAUGAACAAGCCAAAGGAGAAUCUCAUGAAUAUGUCACAUUCAGCAAAUUAGAAGAUUGCCACCUGCAAGACAGAGACUUGUACCCAUGUCCGGGGACAGACUGUUCCCGUGUGUUUAAACAAUUUAAAUACUUAAGUGUGCAUCUUAAAGCUGAACACCAAAAUAAUGAUGAAAAUGCCAAGCACUACUUGGAUAUGAAAAAUAGAAGA